UCAUCGAGCAAAUGUCAUUUACCUCUUCAAUGGCUUGAGUGAAAAUCGUCAAAUUCGUGCAAAAUCCGCCCCAAAACCGGAAAUUUGGAGCACCCGAGUCAACCCGAGACGCUUCAACCCCAGAGAAGUGAUUUAGUUAAGAAGUGUUUGUAGUGAAUUGUGAUAUGGAACCCAUCGCUCCGGGCACCGAAGAUGAACCCCCCGUAAAUUUUUCAGCCUCGACCAAACAGGAGAAGGAACGGGAACGCUUGCUCAACGUCAAAGCCGUUCUACCGAACGGUAAAUAUGGCAACGUGUUCGAGUUCAAGUACAUCAAUGGGACGGAGCACUGGUACUGCAACGCAUGCGCGUGCCCCGUCAUGGGUUGGGUCUUCCACCAUGAAAACGGCAAGCGACACUCGAUGGCCUUGGGGAACCAAAACCCUGAGAGAUUCCCAUCGCUGUCUGAAGUGGACGAAACCCCAACAAUCCAAAUCGCACCCGGAGAACCCGUGCCCCCGGGCUUCGAAGGACAAAUCGAGAAAGUCGCCUUGAUACAAGAGCGGCUCGACGUGUUUAACGUAGGCCCUUUGGUGGCUUUGGAGUAUUUACUAGAAUUGAGGGACUACGAUGCGACGAAGGAACCGACUUAUUUGUGCAUCCUGUGCGACAAAAAGGGGGAUCCCAGGACGGUUUUGACACACCUGGCGAGCUACAAGCAUAUUCUACAGUAUUUACAGAAGCACUUUCCUACUUGUUACCGAGCGUUGGCUCCCUACAUGACCAAACAAUACAAGAGAAAUUGGCAAAUCGCGCUCCACGAAAUCGCCGAAGCGAUUGAAAAGAAAUUCGGACGAUUAAAACCGCUUCCUGUCGAUGCUGACAAGUACGAGAAGGAUCCCGUCCACUAUUUAGAACUGAUAGCGAAAGGGCGGCACUUUUCCGAACUCUCGGGGUACACUUUUGAAGAGUUAGUCAAUAAAAACGAACUAACUAAAGUCCAUGAAGAUGAUGUAAUUGAUAAGUAUGGUUACAAUAAAGCGAAUCUUCCCCAAACAGCUCAGAGGAAGAAAAGUCCUUCCCCUCCGGUCGUCGCCAACCCGAUUAAGAAAAUCCGGCAUUGCGGGCCGAGUUCUAGCGCCGCCCCGGCUACUAGUAUCCGUCGCCGUUCAUUGUCGAGCGUUUCGAGUAUCACUAGUAGCGAUAUGAGCGACUACGACGAGCCCAAGGAGAAGAAACCCAGCAAGAGGACGAGGUCCAGGUCGCCCCACAGGAACCGCAGUAGAAGUCCUUAUAGCAGACGAUACGAGCGACGAUCGCCUCCACCACGUAAAGAAAACUAUUAUCGUCGCGACGACCGCGACUACACCCGCGACCGCGAACGCAACUUGAUGCCGUGGGAAAAAUCCAACUACCGCCGCCCCAAAUCCCCGGUUCUUCCGUCCAAAUCCAAGACGGACAAGCUAGACGAAUACAAGAAGUUGUGUAAAGCGAUCGAUAACGACAUGGAGCGCGUCCUCAAGAACCACAAGAAGAACCCAGAGAAGCACCCGCAGUACAACGACGAGUGGAAGAAGUUCUGGAAUAAGCGCUACAAGGAGCUGCAGGCCGAGGCGAAGGACGUGUCCACGCACGACUUCAAGCCGGAGUGGAUCGAGUUUUGGAACAAGCGCAUGAUUGAGCUGCACCAGGAGGAGGUGAAGGUGAAGAAGGACGCGUUGAGGAAGAGGUUGGGGCUGCCGGAGGAACCCCAACCGAUUUGUUUCAAAAUCAUGGGGAAGAAAAAAUUCGAGACUAAAGGGAGUCCGAUGGGUAAUAAGCCGGUGCCGCCGUCGGCGAUGCCCGACCACGACCCCGAGGUGAUCGUGAUUGACGAUAGGGACGACGAUAAGGGGUCUAGGAGGUCGCAUAGCCCGUGGGAGGACGAGCCGGUGGUCAGAGUGUCCAGGGAGAAGAGUAAGAGUAAGAGCAGGGAUAGGGAUAGGGAUAGAAGUAGGGACUUGAGUCGGGAGAGGGUCGAACGGACCACGUCGAGGGAGAGGUCGGUCAGGAGCCCCAGGAGAGUUGAACGGGAGCGAUACAGCAGAAGUCCCAGGAGUCCUCGCCGUCCCGAGCGCUGCUCGCGCGAGCGCAGCUGGGAUCGCGACUACAAGCUCAAGGAGUACCGGCGCGAGCGCAUCCGCAUCAUCAGCGAGCUGCCGUGGGAGCGCGACCGCGUCAAGAACUACCGCAACGAGAUCCCCGCCUACUACAAGCCGCCGGCGGUGAUGCGCGACGUCACUCGGGAGCCGGUGCUGUCGCCGCCGCCCGCCGCCGCGCCCGUCGAGGAGGACGACGACGGCGAGAUCAACGUGGUGGCGGUGCUGCGCCUGCUCACCGCGCUGGAAGAGAAGCUGGGCUCGCUCGGCCCGAAGAUCAUCGACCUUCUGGCGCAGGCGCUGGCCAUGGAGAAGAGCGAGGCCAACAGCUCGGAGAACCUCCUCGACAACGAGGUGAAUUGCGUCAUGUUCGAGACGGUCAAGGAGAAGUUGAAGGGGCAGCUGCUGGCCGGGUUGGUCGAGCCCAUCCAGGAGAAGGCGUUCAAGAACGCGAUCAAGAAGACGGCGAGUCUGAUACACAUGGCGGGGGAGAGGAAGAAGGAGAAGGAGAAGAGCGCGCCGAAGGUGGACCCGGUGAAGGUGCCGGGGGUGGGGACGGUGGACAAGGCGGCGAUCGCGAGGCAGAUUGCGAACGCGCUGGUGCUGCAGGGGAAGACGGAUGUGACGCAAGCGGAGUUGGAACAGCUGAUCAAUGCGGUGGUGGGGAUGGCGGAAGCGAGCAAGAAUUCGAACAAGCCAAUCACGACGGCCAAUUUCUUGGAGCAGAUAUCGAAGGCGGGGAAGGAGAAGGAGAAGAGUCCCCCGAAGGAGAUACGACCGACGGUGACGAUCCAACAAGUGGCAGCCCCCGAACCCGAAGUGAUGAAAACCCCCGAGAAGACCACCCCCAACAAAGACAUGGAGGGCUUGUCCGACUCCGACUUGCAAACCCUCCUCCAGAACUUCAAAGACCUUUCCACCGAAGAGCAGCACGGUCUCAUCAACUACCUGAAGAAACUGGAAGCUCGGGAGCCCGACCGGGUCGAACGACUGCGCAAAUUCGUCAAUCUCGGCGGCAACCAGAAACCCGAGAAGCAAGAAGAGAAGAAAACCGGCAGAGAAAGUCCGUUUUCGAACCGCAUGGGUAGCGUGAAUCCGAGCGUCGAAGAAACCGCCCCCCGGAAGUUCGGCGAAAUGUCGCCGAAGAAAGACGAGCACCAGCCGAAGCUGCCGCUCGACUCCGACGAGGACGACUACACUUUCGAGGACGUGGCGAAGGCGGCGUCGAAGAACGUGAAGCAGAAGGAGCUGGAGAAGGAGCGCGAGAUCGUGGAGGAGAGCAUGAAGUUCGAGGCGAAGAAAGAGGAGCUGAAUUUGGACGACACGAAAGCGAUCAUAUCGAAUAUUAUGAGUAAUAUUAAUAAGACGGAGGCGGCGCAGGGGAAUCUUUUGGGGUUGUCGGUGAGUUCGGCGGACUUCGCCAAGACGCUGAACAGCAUUCCGGUGAACAUGGCCAGUCUUGCCAACAUCGUGGGGAGCGUUCAGAGUUUGACGAACAGUAAAGCGGGGAUUCCGGCGACGAGCACGAGUGGGGGGAAUUUCGGGGGGUUCCCGCAGGAGCAGAGGCAGUUUCAAGGACAGCAGCAGCAACAGGGGUACCAACCGAGGCCGAGCGCGCCCUACGGAGUCAAUUACCCGCAGAAUCCGUAUCAGAACAGGCCGAACGUGACGUACCCUCUCGAUAAGGCGAAAGUGACGUACCCGAACUACGCCAUCUACGGACAGGGCAACCCAGGGGGGGAGCAGAGGAGGGUGAACCAACCGGGCUUCCCCCCGAACAAUCAGUAUGGAAAUAACAGAAAUAAUUAUAAUAACCGAUGGUAGAUUUAGUUAAGUUAGGUUAAGAGUUGACAUAUUUUUUAAUGGAUGUAUGUAUUAAGUUGCGCGUAAACGCACCUAAAAAUAAACUUUGCAAAAGAAACCCAA